AAGGAUUAGAAAACGAUGCGUCAAACGUUGAUGCAGUGUAUGUUUGGUGCUGUUGCGCCGUUGUCGCUGUUGCUGUUGCUGCAGACACUACCGUCGGUGUGCAGUUUGGAGGUAGUUUCGACGCCCAACAGCUUGUCGCGCCCUUACAGUGCCGUACAGUGUGCGAAGGAAGGUACCAUUCCGGACGAUGAGUCGGACACGUGCGCUACGUACUACCUGUGUGCAGUGAACUCGGAUAAUGUGCUGUCACCGGUGUUGGUCCAGUGUCCCGGCUCGACCGUGUUCUCGCGUGAGCUUCACCAGUGCGUAGAUGCAUCAGCGUACUCGUGCCGUCGGGCCCGAGUUCGGCGGGAGGCAGGAUUUCAGUGUACGGCACAGGGCCGAUACCCGAACGUGGCGUCAACCGACUGUAAAUCGUACUACCUGUGCACGAAGAACACGGACGGUACACUAAUAGCGGCACUGGUGAACUGUCCAUCGUCGACCAUCUUUUCCGCGGAUAAGCAGUCGUGCGUUCAGUCACCGCCCAACAUCUGCCCGUACGCACCGAUAACUACGACGGCCCUGCCACAAUCAAGCACAACGCUCAGCGCACCAUCCGGGCCGUUCGUGUGUCCUAGCGAGGGACGGUUUGUAAAUGAACAGUCGGGUGACUGCACAACCUACUAUCUGUGCACCACGAUCAAUGAUCAGCUAGUGCCGAGGCUUACUGCGUGCGGAUCGUCGCUAAUAUUCUCACCGAUCGAGAGCAAGUGCGUAUCGAUGGAUGGGUACAGCUGCCCAAAGCUAACAGCAGCACCUCCGGUGGAAGUUACGUCCGAUAUCCCGCUAACGCCACCAGUUGGUGGUGGAACAACAGCAACUACUGCUGCAACUACCAGUAGUGAAGUGACCAGUGACAUACCACUUACUACACCGAGCUCUGCCAGUAGCCCUGCGAUAGAGAUUACAACGCCAACGGUUGCAACAACCACAACGCCAACAGUUGUGACGACAGAGCCACCAACACCUACCUCCACCAUGUUGACUAGUCCUAGCGAAGCUACGACAUCGGCACCGGCCGAAACAACAACUUCAUCUGAAGAAUCCACAACGGUUUCGGUAGAUAUUACCGAGAGCACUACAGAUGGGAAUGUAGAAACCACUGCCGAUACACCAACAUUGACGACUGCUUCUGAUGUUUCUACCACGAGUUCGGUAGAAAUUACCGUGAGCACUACUGACGCAACUACAGCCGAAAUAUCAACCACUACCCUCCAAACGACUACAACUACCACAGCAACCGAAGCAUCAACCACUAUCAACACAGAAGUAACGACUGUCAGCUCUUCCACGGAAGAAGGACCAACAACGGAAGCUACUACCAGUGGUGUGGAUCAAACUGACGAAUCUACCACAGACUCGCUACCCUUAACGACCAACUCAGCUGGUUCGGAAGUUAGUAGCACCACGCCGGAACCGAUCCUUACCACACCGAGCGGUGUGUUCGCAUGUUCCGCCGAGGGUCGCUAUCCCGAUCCGAACGGUUCCAACUGUGAGUCGUACAUACUGUGCAUCCGGAACAGUCUCGGUACGCUGACGCCGAUUCAAUUCUUCUGCCCACCGACCACCAUUUUCUCCCUCACUGUUCGUUUGUGUGUUCCGGCCAGCACGCAGAGAUGUGGAUCCGGAGAGAUCGCCACUACUACCACCACCUUAUCGCCAACAACCACCACCGUAACGCCGGUUAUCACAACGCCCAUACCGUUCGCGUGUCAAGACACGGGCCGUUAUCCCAAUCCGGGCUCGAUCUACUGUAAAUCUUACUAUCUCUGUCUGUACGACGGCAAUCUCAAUCUGAUCGCUGUGGAGCUAAGCUGCCCGUCGGGUUCAAUCUUUGCUGAUGACGUGUACCGAUGCGUACCGGAAGGCGAUUAUAAGUGCGUGCUGGGUAGUGCAACGACGACACCCGCAACCACCACUACGACGGUUGCUACAACGACUACCACUACCGCGCCGACCACCACCACCACCAUCGGUAUGGCCGGUGGGUGUACGAGCGCCGGCAAGUUCCCCUCGGACAAGACGAAUGAUUGCUCAUUGUACCAGUUCUGUGUACAGCUACCGUCCGGGGAGCUGGUAGAAUUUAUCUUCAAAUGUCCGGGAAGCACCAUGUUCGACGAGGUGAAGAAAACGUGCUCGGAUCAGGUGGUAUGCGCGCGUGGAAUCUAA